AAGGAUGAGGAGAUGAACCCCUCCGAAAACGGCACCCGCACGGCGUCUGGCUCCAACAAGCCCAAGCGUACCAGUUUGGCUUGCAUCCGCUGCCGAGCAAGACACAUCCGCUGUCCUGGAGGCGACCCCUGCAAGAAGUGCCAGUUGGCCAAGACCAAGUGCGAGUACGUGGAGGCCGACAAGAAGAUCGUGGUGUCGAUGAAGUACCUCUCCAAGCUCCACGACGACAUCGCGCGCCUCAAGAAGGACAACGCGUUGUUGAGAAACCUGCUCAAGGAGGAGAAGACCAAGUCGCCCCACCAUCCGCCACCCCUGGUCCAGCCCAACACGUUUGCCAACAACGCCAGGUACUCCAGCGAGCCUCCGCGCUUCAGCUCGUCCACAAACCCCGACACAAACUCCACCGAGGUCAUCCAGCCUUCCUUGGAUAAGCACGGGCGACUCAUCCAAUCCCGAACCGGCGAGAAGGUCUACGUGGGUUCGUCCUCCAUGACCCUCUUCGGUUUGGAGAUCCAGAACAUGGUUCCCUCGUUCCUGUCAGCAUCUCUCUUGUCCAACGGCUGCUCCACCUCCGCCACGUCGUCCCCAGGAAGUCUCGGCACCCCUAAGACCAACAUAGACACCCAACAUGAAAUGACUCCCGUGAAACGAGAAACAGAGAUCUUGGAGAAGGAAGGAAAUGCCUACAAGAUUACCCUUGCAAAAACUAACACCCGCCCUGGGUUGUCCAUCAACUUCACUCUCCCUUCAUAUUCCUACGCAAUGUUGUUGGUAGACACCUUUGUCAACUACAAUGAUGGGUGCUUUUACUUUUUCAACGAAGGGUUGGUCAAGCGAUUCUUGAUGAAUUUGUACUCAGGAAAUACCCAAGACAACAAAAAGAUCUUCAAGAGAAAUAUUUCGGCCAACAAGGGGCCGGCAAGAGACGAAAACUCAAUCAAAAAGGACGCCGAUGAUGACACAAUCCUUGAGACCAUCUGGUUCUGUAAGAUUCUUCUAAUUUUUGCCAUUGGUGAAAUGUACUUGGGCACUGAAUCUGACACUCACAUUAAAAAACAAAGAAAUGUUCAUGCUCCAGAUAGCAGAAAAUCCAAACCAAAGGAAAAGAAAGAGAAAAGGGAUACCUUGCCCGGCUCGGGAUUUUUUUAUCAAUCAUCCGAACUUUUUACAGGAUUGUUUGCAUCUGGUGCGAUCGACAAUGUCUCCAAAGAUGGUGGUAUAGAAGUGAUGUUGUUAUACGCCUUCUACCUCCAAGUUGCAGACUGCACCAUCGCGUCUUACUUCUAUUUUGGGUUGGCCCUUAGAUCAACUUUAAUUCUUGGUUGGCAUGUUGAUGCAGACAAGGAAAAUUUGAAUCGUUUCGAGUUGGAGCAUAGACGAAGAAUUUGGUGGACGGUCUACAUGUAUGAAAGAAUGCUUUCGUCAAAAGCUGGUCUUCCAUUGAGUUUUGCAGAUGAUAGUGUCUCGACAGAAUUGCCUAUUGACUUUAGUAUUGAUUUAAGUGAUUUUCCAAAGGACGAAAAUGAUGUCAGAGGAUACUACAUCUUCCCAUCAGCUGAGUAUAUUAAUAACUGUGUCACUAUCACUCAGAUUAAUGCUAUCAUCUUAUCAUCUUUAUAUACGAAGCAACCAACUUUCAAUAUUUUACCGGUUGUGUCUGACUUAGUUCAUAAGUUGAUAGCAUGGAAGAAUGCCUUACCAGAGUUUUUGAAGGUUGACAUGUCAGGUGAUAAUUUCAGAGUUACCAGAUUAAUAGUCAAUCUAAUGACUGAAUAUUUCCAAGGUAUGAAUCUUGCAGUCAGACCAUUGUUAUUCCACUUUGCUACCAAGAAAUUGAAGGAGUUACAAGCUCAAAAUUCAACAAACAAGUAUGUGGAUUUGACCAAAUAUUCUAAGAAUGUCCUCACAUUAUUAAAUGCGUCUUUCCAAGCAUCAAUCAACACUAUCAAGUCAAUAUGGGCAUUGCUACCAGAAAACAUGGUUGCAUUAUUUGGGUGGAUGGAUAGAGAAUACUUGUUCACUUCAGCGUCGACUUUGAUCCUAUUUAAUGCUUCAUUCGGUGUCCAUGAGGCCACUAAGGAGCAUUUAGAUCAUGCUUUAACCAUUUUUACGAAAAUGAAACGAUUAGGAAACUACCCGGCUGCAUUGAGAAGAGCACAAUUACUAAAACUCAUCCGAGUUCUAGACUUUAAUGGAGUUAUGAACGAGUUACUAGUGAAACAUGAUGAUGAUUACAAAGAUCAAGAAAUCUCAGAGGAUACGUUUUUGAAGGACCAGUUUAACGAUCAUAUCAAUCAGGUCAAUCAGAUGACCAAUUCGAAUAUCAACAAUGAACAUUUGAGCCUGUUGGACAAUGAGUUAAACAGAUCAAUGAAUCCAGUUCAAUCCUUAAGGCAAAUGGAUUUCCAAAGGCAAGACAGUGCCCCUCUUCCUCAGGAACAUUUCACAGAAAAUUUGACGAAUGAAUCUUUCAAUUACAAUAUUUCAGUGCCAGGACCUGGUAACAGUGGUGACGUUUACGCAAAUUCCGAUUUGGCAGGAAUCGAAGGGUUAACAUACCUUGAUGAAGAGCAAAAGUUAUGGAAUGAAAUAACCAAUGACGCAGUUUGGUUGAAUGUUGCAGGUGGUAAUCCAAACCAACCUCCGCAAAGUACAACAGAAAAGGCUGAUGUAUUCAAAAAACCUACAGCGUCUGAAAGUGAUCUAUUGGGAUUGAAUUUCCAAAGCACGUCUCAAGGAGUGUCUCAGGGGACGUCACACACUGGGUUCGGGAUCCCAGGGUGGAAUUCUGGUGGCUAUGGUGACAUAAUCAACCAAGAGUUCCAGGAUAUGAUGGACUAG